AUGGUCCCAAGGCUAACCCGCCUAGGCGGUGACCAUGGUGUCAUUCUGGGACUAGGCUUGUCGUUAUGUUGGCAAGAUUGUUGCGUGAAUGGAAAACGCCCUCUGCAACCACCAACCUUGCCCUGCUCAACACCAAUAUCCCAGUCCCAGUCGACUCAGCCUGUUCCAUCGUGGUGGAGGAACAUCCACUGGGUGGACUCGCAGGCUGAAACUAUGGUCAAAAGGAGCCUCAUGGGCAUGGUUCUUGUCUUCGAUUGCCUGAUUUCCGAAGAAUUGGAUGUGGCUACUCCGAACUCCGUACCGGCUGGUAGGUUCUGUCACGUCCAUGUCUGCACAGAACAGAACGGCUCCGACUAUCUAGAUGAGGUCCGUGGCCUCAAGUGUUGGAGGUGA